GUUCAAAAAUUCAUUAAAAACACGUUACUAUUUAUCGACAUAAAAAGACCUCUAGAGCUUCUCUUGUCCUUGUACAGAGUGUCUCGGGUCCUGCGAGUGAACACUAAUAAUUUAUUGACAUCUGAUCCUCUCUCAGUCACACAGAGUCUUUUACAGCUCGUUUGGCCUGGUGCUCUACAGGAUGUCCAGCACACGGCAUGACAGACACUGCAGAGCCGUUACUGAACGCUGCCUCUGGAAGAGCAUUAAAAUACUGAAAUCCUUGCAUUCUUUUAGUCAAGACAUUUAGAAUGAUCAGAAAAACAAACUAAGGACAAGCAUAUAGAAUUCUUGCUUUGCUUCUGGAACAGGCAUGCAUAAAGCUUACCAGCCACUCAGACCUACUGCUAAUAAAUACCUGCAGAAGAAAUGGGACCAGGAGCACUAUGACAAGCAUCGGAAGAAGGUGACUGAAGCCAAGCCCAUAGUAGACACCAAAGGCAUCCGAACACCAACCCACAUUCAAGUGAAGCUAAAGAAAGUACAGGUUGAAAAAGAGAGGCAAGCCGUCAUCGACAGAGAUAACCAGCUGCUAGCAUCCAAACUAGCUGAUAUUCAGCUUUCUAAAGGGCGCAUAGACCACAGGAACUUCUAUCCUGAGCGAAGUCUGAACGCUGAAAGAAGGAGGACCAAACUACUGGAGGUGGCUCAUGAGAAUCAGGCGAUCUAUGAGAGGAUCACGGCACAGGAAUCCGAAUACAGACGGGAGCUGUGGGAGGAAGACUGGGUGAGGACGGAACAAAGGCGAGAAAUUAUCACACGCUAUCCACAUGGAGUGGCUCAUAAGCAGAUGAAGAAGAAAAGUGUCAAGUUCUUUGGAGGAACAUCAGGUCAGGCGCUUCGCUCAUCCAGCAGAACGCGAGACGGCGAAACCACAGACGAAGACCUCCGACAUCAAUAAUGACUGAUGACCACGAUAUGUACGUUACCGAUGAAACGGAAACACUUGGAUUCCUGCAGAAGAAGCCUUUAUUCUUGUCAUGUAUACAGUACAUUACAACGGAGUGAAAUUCUUUCUUUACGUAUCUUAACUUUGGAAGUUGGGGUCAGAGCUCAGGGUCAGACAUGAUACUGCACCACUGGAGCAGAGAUGGAUAAGGAACCUGCAGUGGCACCUUUGCUGUGCUGGGUCUUGAACCAAGCCCCUUGACUCACAGGUUUAACCACUUGAGCCACCACUAUUCCUACUCUAUAGGAAGACUCAGAAUUUCAUUAUACUCCUAAAUCCUGAUGCUCAUAUCCAGGGUUUAUUGACCACUGGGUGGCAGCAUGCGUCUCUACAAAUAAAUGCUCUUCAUUUA